AUGGUCAAAGUUCAACCUGUACAGUCUGCAAGUCAAUCUGAAAAGCCGGCCACAUUCGAAUCCAACAAACAAUCGAGUGAGUUCUUUUCAGAUGGAGUUUCCAACUCCUCCUCGGAGGAUGAGAGUCUUCUUCUCGAAGGAAACAAAAAGAGUCGUCCCUUCUUGCUGAGAAUGCUUCUUAGUGUCCGUCUCUUCCUCAUUGUGGUCAUUACCAUGGUGGUCGUGUUGACAGCUCUCUCCAUUUGGGUGUCAGCCUUCACCGUGAAUGAACAAACAGCAUUGGAACAAGUCAAUGUCAUCAUUUCGAAUAUGAAUGAAAAGAUUUCUGGUUUUCUUCAAAGUCAAUUGUUACCAGCCAAACAAGUGGCACAACUCAUCGCUGAUGAUUAUCAUAACUUUAAGAUUGAUCAUGAUCCUUCCAUUCGAAAUUAUUUGUUUUCAAAGGUCAAGUUGUUUGGUGUCACGAAUACCAAUCUAUGCUUUGGAGAUGGAUCCAACAACCAAAUGUUUGCCUACAGUGUCAAUGUUGAUAAUUCACUCGUUUGGGGUGUCAAACUUCAACAAAGUACUCGUUUCAUAAUUUCGAAAGCAAACAAUGAAACUGGUGAAGUGUAUUACGAUCAAGUCUUGACUAAUAUUUCUUAUGUGAUCAGUAAUACGGACUAUUAUAAGGAAUCGAUUCGUAUCACUCAAGAGUAUCCAACUGGUGCUUUUGGAGCUCCAUACAAAGUUCUUGGAGGACCUCAAUCCACUUUUUUUUCAGUUCCAGUGUUCAAUCGAACAGAUUUGUUGAAUGGAAUCAAAAAUCGAGUGGGUUUUGCCAAGAUUAACAUUUCUCUUGCAACAAUUGCUCAAUUUUUGAAGAAUAUCAAAGUCUUAACACGAGGUUAUGUCAUUAUUUCCGAAUUUGGAAAUAACUUUGUCAUUGGAAGCAACUUGGCCAUUGAUGGCAUUGAUGCCACUCGUGUGAAAGCCACCGACAUUACCACUCGUAAUGCCGGCUCUAUCAUGAACAAGCUGUUACAACAAAUUGGUGACUCUUUGGAUCCAUUCAUUCUCAAAAUGGAAAGUAAUGGAACCAAUUAUUUAGUCUCAUCCACACCUUUCGUUUACACCAAUUUGAAAUGGCGAAUGACUCUAGUUUUUGAAGAGAAUGAAAUCAAGAAGGGAAUUAUCACGAGUAGUUACGUCAUUCUUGGAGUAACUUUGGGAGUGACUGCAUUGGGAAUCUUGAUUAGUGUUGCGAUUGGUUGGAUAGUGACGAAUCCGUUCAUGAACCUACAGGAAGACUUUAAAAAGAUUGAAAUGCUUGAUUUGGCGAAUAUCAAAGAAAGAAGUGCGUUCUUUAGUGAAGAGAAGAGUAUCUAUUCAAGCUUGACGGAGACUGUCAAAUGGUUGAGUGAAUUUAGGGCCUUUUUGCCAGACUCUGUGUUGAAUCAACUCGAGAAUACCAAAGUACAGAAAGAAAUGCGACCAGAAACGAGCAAGAAAGAAGAUGUCAAAAGUCAACAACAGACUUCUCAAGGCACCUCCUUUCGAAGUAAGGAAAGUUCGAACCAGGGAAUAGACCACUCCAACAGUGGAAUGGGAUCCCAACACCAAACGUCUUCACACAUGAAAACAGAUUCCAAAUCAUUAUUCAAGAUUGGACUUUCAUCGAAGGAUUUAGUCACUCUUGUUCACAUUUCAAUUCCAAAUUUAUUAGAAAAGAACUAUCCAUUCGAUGCCUUGAACUCGAUUACUUCCAAAUGUUUAACCUCUGUUUCGACUAUUUGUAAAACAUGUCGUGCAGAUGUACAAAUUAAGAGUUAUGACGAAUUUGUGGUAAUAUUUAAUGAUAAGUCACCCUGUCUGACAGCACUUGACACUUGUUUGAAAUUGAAAGUGGCAUUGGAAUCGUUGAAUAAUUAUCUCACUAAAGAAGGAUUGAAUCCAUUACAAGUGUGUAUGGGAGUUUCAAGUGGAGAGUGUCUGAUCGGUAAUAUUGGUAACAAGCAGAUGAGAUAUUUUGCUCAGAUUGGUGAAAUUGUCAAUACUGCGAAAAACUUGAGUGUCUUGGCCAAUUUUGUAAAUCUUCAAAUCUUACUCGACGCAAGAACCUAUCAACUCACCAAGAAUUCUUUUGUGUUUCGACCCGUGGAACGUAUCAUGAAUUCAUCCAAGAAAUGUAUCGACACGGUUUAUCAACUCAUUCAGAAAAACCAUGUGGCAGACGAUGAAUGGAUGUAUGAACUUGAAACCAAGCAACAUUAUGCUAAAUUUGAACAAUUUUCCACUCAUUUCUGUAAAUUAUUUGAUGACUCUCCACUAGAUAAAGAGGAAGCCAAUGAGGUGAAAAAUUUCAUUUCCAAUUUGUGUGAAAAGUCUCCUGAAGAUUUGGUCUUGCAAAGAAUGAGCAAAUUGAUUGAAAAAAACUCAACCAACAAUGGUCCAUUGAAUCAAUUGUCAAGUUAUUAUACAAAUAUUUCAACGAAUGUGACAAGUUAUGUCCAGGGAGAAGUGGUACCUCUUGAUGAUUGA